AGAGACCAGGAGCCACACAUGGACCAUAUCGACAGAGACCAGGAGUCACACCUGGAUCAUGUUUGCACAGACCAGGAGCCACACAUGGACCAUGUCGACAGAGACCAGGAGCCACACCUGGACCAUGUUUACACAGACCAGGAGCCACACAUGGACCAUGUCGACAGAGACCAGGAGUCACACCUGGAUCAUGUUUACACAGACCAGGAGCCACACAUGGACCAUAUUUACACAGACCAGGAGCCACACCUGGACCGUGUUUACACAGACCAGGAGCCACACAUGGACCAUGUUUACACAGACCAGGAGUCACACCUGGACCAUAUUUACACAGGCCAGGAGCCACACCUGGACCGUGUUUACACAGACCAGGAGUCACACCUGGACCAUAUUUACACAGACCAGGAGCCACACCUGGACCAUGUUUACACAGACCAGGAGCCACACCUGGACCAUGUCGACAGAGACCAGGAGCCACACCUGGACCAUGUCGACAGAGACCAGGAGCCACACCUGGACCAUGUCGACAGAGACCAGGAGCCACACCUGGACCAUGUCGACAGAGACCAGGAGCCACACCUGGACCAUGUCGACAGAGACCAGGAGCCACACCUGGACCAUGUCGACAGAGACCAGGAGCCACACCUGGAUGAUGCUGAUCUGAAGGUGAGCUCAGGAUGUGGUUCUGGUCUCUGCUCAGCAGCAGAUCUAACAGCUUCCUGGUUUACCUGGGCCAACAGGUGCAAACACACAAGAACAUCGUGCUACCUUUGGUCACGCCCACCACUGAAGCCUGUUUAUUCUGGCCCCGCCCCCUGCAGCAGCUCUGUUUCUGUGUGAGUGAAGAAAGGGGAGGAGCCAUGUAGGCACCAAGUCGCAACAAACACCAACACCGGCAGUUUGACAGCAGCCGUAACCAUGGAGACCAUCUGCAGUUCCCAUGGUUACCAGAGACAAACACAUUGGCAACAUAAACCCCACCCCCCUGUUCCUCUGUCAACAAACAGGAAGCUUGAGAGGUGAGGGGGGAGGAGCUUCAGUGAAAUGUGGAGGUGGGGGGAGCAGUGAUGGAUGUUAUUGGUCCUUUUUCUCAGAGUCUGAUGAGUCUUCUUUAGACUCCGCCUCCUCAGAAGACUCUUCAUACCUGC